AUGCAGACCAUAGGGACUAUCCAGUCAUACCUAGCGUUGCACCAGCUGUCUGAGUAUUCGACCGCACAGAUCGGUUGGAUCACAGGAUUAUAUACUGCCUUAAGCCUCUUCCUGGGGAUCCAAUUUGGUCCCAUGUUUGACGCCUACGGCCCGCGCAUCCUCGGCCCGAUCGGUUGCGCGUUGUACAUCCCCGUCUUCUUCGUCCUCGCCGAGUGCACCCAGUACUGGCACUUUAUGCUCACCAUCGCCGUCUGGGGCAGCUUGGGUGCAGGGAUCAUCUCUACUAUCGGCGUGGCCGUGAUUGGCAAAUGGUUCGUCCAGCGCCGCGGGCUUGCCAUGGGCAUGGCUCUUUGUGGGAGCUCGACCGGUGGCAUAAUUAUGCCUCUGAUGCUGCGGUCGCUGCUUCCCCGCGUUGGUUGGGCUUGGUCCAUCCGAGCCCUCGCCUUUACAAACGCAGCGGUUAUGAUUGUGGGCUCGAUCUGUCUGCAGCAGCCUCUGCCGCAGCAGAAGUCGGCGGCUUCGGAGGAACGUCGCAGGAAGAGGAUUGCAUUGAACUUCAUGGCUCUUUCUAGCAAGACGUUUACGUUGAUCACCAUUGGUAUCUUCGCGCUGGAGUUCGCGGUCUUCGGUGUUUUCGGUCUGUUGCCGACUUAUGUGACGGUAGCAAACUUCCCGCCGAGCACUGGAUACACUCUUUUGGCCAUCGCCAACGGGACCUCGACGUUUGGUAGGCUGCUACCUGGCUUGGCUGGCGACUACUUUGGUCAUUUCAAUGUUUUGGUCUGCAUGAUCCUCUGCACGGCAGCCUUUACGGGGGCGAUUCUGGUACCAUUUGGUUCCACCUCCCUCAAGGCGCUUUAUGUCUUCUCUGCCCUGUGGGGCUUUGGUUCCGGCAGUUUCAUCUCACUGACACCUGUUUGUAUGGGUAAAACGUGUGAGACAGAGGAUUAUGGGAGGUACUAUGGUACGAUGUACUUUUUUGUCAGCUUCUCGCUGCUACUGUCUGUGCCUCUUGGUGGGCAGAUGCUCUCCACUUUUGGAACAAGAGCACUGGCUGGCCUCUAUGUUGGUAUUGUGCUUGCUUCAGGCGUUUGUUUCCUGCUUGCACGGCAGGUACUCUAUGGCAAGAGAGGUUUUGGCCUCAAGGCAAAGAUUUAG